GAUGGUUAUGUGAAGUAUUUUAAAAACACAAGAAUCUAGUGAUGGAAUUGGUUUUCCUCUUUUCUCCACCUCUGUGCGUGUAAUCCCAUCUCCGGCUUUGUGUGUGUAACUCUUCCCUUUUUCUCCUCAUUGUGAGUGAUUUCUUCAUCAGGUCUUUGCCAUGAUCCUUGGUAGUCCUUCAGCCAGCAAUGGUGAGGAUGCUAACGAUGUCGAUGACGAUGAUGCUGACAUCCCUAGCCGCAAGCAGUUUCUGUGCAUCGUUGGUUUUGAGGACACACUGGUUAAAGACACAGAAGCUGAGAACUUGCCGAUCCUGCAACAAUCGGUUGGGUCAGAGCCCAUGGCAGAGCUAUUCGCUUUGAACAUUUCGCUCAUGGUGAAGAAGGUUCUCCAAGCGGCGACCUGUGUGGAAGUCCAUCACUUGGAGGCGACAUGGCAAGGUAGCGAAGUAGCUACAGACCUCAACCCAAGGGCCUUAGUGGGCAGCGCAAGAGGGCUCACAAACAAGGAAGUUGGUGCGAUGCUGGAAGACGCAAUGUUCGUGGAGACGAUGACAGGUAAUGGCGCGACCUUAUCCAGAAAAGAUCACGUAUUCCACCACACAGACAUUCUGGAACAUGUGAACCAUACCAUACAUGAUGUCUCCCAUCACUCCACUUGGGGUCCUAUGUAUGCCAUGCCCCCUACUGCCAUGGGGCCAUGCCCCAUUUUGUUUUUUUUUUUUUAUUAUUCUCUCUAAGACAUGUGUCAUGUCUUAAAAGAAUCCAUUGUCUUGUAAGGUGUGUAUAUGCAUGGGACGUGGCAUACCUUACCAGUGUGGCUUCUUUUAAAAUAGCUCCUAUAUGUUUGUUGGUAGGAGUCCGCAAAAUGGUCAUUUGGACCACGGCGACGGUGCAACUAGAGAAGAUCGUUACAUGCUUCAGGCUACAUGCAAAUUGUGACACUCCUUAGCUUUCUAUCAUUAUGCCAGCUAUUUGUUCAGUAUAAGUAUGGGUUAUCAAUGAAGUUUGUCUGGCAUGCCUGACUAUAAUAUC